AAUCUGCAGAGCGACGAUACAGAGAUUUUGGUAUAAGAAUGGAGAGAAAAUACGAAGUCUUAAAAAAUACCAAAGAAAAUUUAGCAUUUGUAGAGUCCAAACUUAAAGAAGUGGAUAAUUGGAUUGAUAAACAGUUAAAUUAUUUAAACGUAUAUAAAUAUGUCAGCUAUGAUACGGAAAAUAUAGAUAAAAUAUUAUCGUACUUGAAGAAAAUUAACAAAGACAUAGAAACACAUAAAAUGUUUUUGACAGACUCUUUAGCAGUAAAACUCAAUACUAUUGAGUUAGAAACUGAACCAAUGGAAUUUAGUAGUUUUGAAGAAAAUAUAUACAAACCUAUAUAUACAAAAUUGGAAAAAUUAAUAGCUAGAAUAAACGAAGAAACUAGCAAAGUUAAAAAUGUUUUUGAAACAAGUGUAAAAUACGACAAAUUACUUAAUGAAUGCCUUUUAUGGUUAAAAAAAUGUGAAAAAGACCUCAGUCCUGACAAACAUUUGCCUGAACCUUUAGAAUUAUCAGAUGCUCUAAUAUAUUUUGAACAUAAAAUGGAAAUAAAAAAUAAUAUUCAACAUUUCAAAAAUGGUGAACUUACAGAUUUGGAGAAAAUUAGUCAAUUACUUAUUUCUAUAAGCAAUAAUGACGAUAUUUUAGUUAUUAAUUCUGACAUGAAUGGUGUUAAUGAAAAAGUCAAAAUAAUUGACAACAUGUUUGUAAUGGCUGAAGAAAACGCAAUAGCAAUUGUAGAUAGUCGAAAAAAAAUUGAAAACAUUUUUAAGGAAUGUCAACAAUGGUUUACUGAAACAGAAGUUUUAAUUUCAGAUGAUGUUCGUAUCUCCAGUUUAAAAGCUAUAGAAGAUCAGCUCCAGAAAUAUAAUGACCUUUGUAGACGCAGCUCUGAUAUUGACAAUAUAAUCGAAUCACUUAAAUUAAACAGUCAAGAAAUACUUUUAUCAGAAUCGGACGCCUUAAAGUUUAGUGAUCAGAUUUUACAUUUGGAAAAUCGUCAAAAAAAAUUAAAAUUUACAAUUGACGAAAGAAUUAAAUUGCUUGAAGAAGAAAAGAAAAAAAUAAAAAAUAUAGCCGAAGUAAUAGAAAAGAGUAAAGCAUCAAUUUUAAAAGUCGAAUUAAAUUUACAAGAAUUAAACCAUCCUGUUGGAAGUACAGUGCAAGACGUACAAAAUAUGAUCAUUUCGUAUGAAAGUUUAUUGAACGAACUCAAAAAUUGGAAUGAUAAAAUAGAAAAUAGUAAUGACAAUGAUUAUCUUGUCGAUAUUAUUAAGCAACAAGAAAGUUUAAUCAAUAUUAUUGAAAAACAACUAGCAAAAUUAAAGCAGCUAUUAUAUUUACACGAACAGUUCAUGUCACUAAUUUCAGACAUUACUACGUUUCUCACUAAAUAUUCUGGUGUUGUGAAUGAAAUUGGAAAGUCCGAAAAUACUAUACAAAAUAAAAUUAAACAAUUUAAUGAGGUUAUGUUAAAAAUUCAAGAAUGUGAGGCAACCCUAGUAUCAGCUACUGAUAAAGGAGAAAGAAUUUCUGAAGAAGGCUCGGCAUUAGACAGGAAUAAUAUUAAUCAACAAUUACAGUCAUUAAAGCAGCAAUUACUCACACUGAAAAAAGCUAUAGAAAAAGAAAAACAAAAACUAGAGGUUACUGAAGCAAAGCAUAUAAAAUUAGCUACAGAUUUAGAAGAAGCUUUAGAUUGGAUACACGAAAAUGAAGCACUUAUUAAAUCAAGACCAAUGCUUAAUAUUGACGUGAAAAGUGUUGAAACUGAUUUACAAGCCCACAAAGAGUUAUAUUUGAAAGUGAAUAAUCAUUUGAAUAAACUUAAGAAAAUUUGUUCUUCAGCUCAAAAUGAAAAUAUUGAAGAUAGCACUGUGUUGGAAAAUUUGAGUGAAGCUUGUUCAUUUUUAAACACAAUUCCAAAAGAGUUAAAUGAUCGAGAAAUAUAUUUAACUACUCAAUUAAAGUGUCGAUUAGACUAUCAAAUCAAUAAAGAUAAAUUUAUUUCAUGGAUGACGGAUAGAAAAAAAUUAUUAGAACAAUCGAAAGAAACCACUACUGAUAUAACUAAUAUUGAAGAAACCAAAGAACAAAUUAAGGUGUUAAUUUGCGAUAAAUAUGCUUAUGAUUUAGUUACAAAUGAAAUAAAACAAAAUAUUGAUAAAAUUAGACCUUCUUUAAAUCCUGAAGAAAUUGAAGUGUUAAAAUCUGAACAGCUACAUUUAAAUGAUGAAUUUAAUAUAUUGAACAAUUUAGCAAAAGAAAUUUUAAAAGAAAAAGAAAAUAUUAUUGAGUAUUUGAAAAAAUAUAAACAUACUGUUGAAAAGAUUUUAUCAAUAAUAAAUUUCAACAAACUAAACGAAGAGCCAAUAAAUAAUUUGGCUGGACUUUAUUUUAAUGUCGAAAAAAUUUCUUUAAUUCAAAACGAUUUUCAACGGCAGCAAAAUGAGCUGGAUUCCCUAAUAAAUAUUUCGAACGUUAUUAAAGAAUUAGUAAUUAAAAAUGAUGAGAUUGAUUCAGAAGUAAACUCACUUA